GGACUGUACUAAGAUCCAACGGCCCAGAUUAACAAGCUUACAAUCAUUGAUCCCGGAAGUGCAAAAUCUUUUCUCUCGAAAAACCAAUCGAUAAUCGUCAUCGUCAAGAUCAAUCUGAAUCAUGUGCUACGGUCACCCUUACCGACGAUCAUUAACACCGGGCCCUUUCAGUCCUUCGCGAACUCAUCAGACUUUAAAUGAGAACGCUUUGGCAGUGGAGGAGUUGCGUGGCCGAUUGGCCGAGACGGAGGCGCGGCUGGAGCGAGCUAGAGCUCGAGAAGCCGAGCUUAGCCGCCGCCUUGAGGAAAUGAAACGAUUCGUUCUGGUAAUGGAGAUUCUUGAGACUUUCCUUAAACGACGGUUUCGCGAGCAGCAAGAACAACUCUCACAGCUCUUCUCUUCGCUUCCGAAGUAAAUAGGACUCUCUUGCCGGUGACUUUUUACUGAUUCCUUUUCUUUAUAGGAUUUAUUUCUAGUUGUUGAUGUUCUUUUUUGCUUUGUUUCUUUUGGAAAGAAUGUCGUUUUCUGCUCUUUGUAAUGUUUGAUAGCUAUGAGGAAUCGAUUACUGCCAGUGAUAUAUACAUUUAUUUUUGUAUCUUUAAUGUAAUCAGUGUUUUUUA